GCCGUAGCGGACCAUGCCGCGCGCUACGAUCUAAUCACUGACGUGGUGAAACUUUUCCUAGGAUAUUAAACUAGUUUGGUGAAUACUGUGUACAUUGUAGAAAUAUAAUGUAGAGUGUAUCUUAGUGUUAAAGUGUGUAUUACAAGUGUUAGUGUACACUUGGGUAUAAUUAUUAUGAUCGUUGGCCGCCGCUGUCCAAUUUGCAGAAACAACAAACAAUGACCUUUCCAUUUUGCAGAUUAUGAAGCCCUGCGGGGGGCUGAGCCUCGGCCAGGCGCUAUGUGGAGUGCGAGCGUGUUCUUCCUUACACAGAUUGUCGUGUGUCAAUUCACUACAGAAAACCCAACAACACCUACUACAGAAGAAUCACCGACGGUGACGACAUUCUACGCGCUCAGCACCGGCAUCGUACCAGCUCCUGUGAUGUUAAGGCUUGGGAACUCCACCAUAGACAGCACAAAAGCUUUCAAGGUCCCACAGCCUUCCCAGGAUCCUUCUACAGAGAAGCCAAUGAAGAUAGACAUGGUUCCACAUGUGGUGCUCAAGAACACCUACUUUGACCAUGAUAGAAAAUAUGGGCCCAGUUUUGAAGAUGCUCCUGACGGGAACAUCACUAAAAUUACGGUGCAAUUAGGAGAGGAUGCGCAUUUAAAUUGCAGGAUUAGUUUGCUGCAGGAUAAAACGGUGUCCUGGGUACGUCGCAGAGGCAAAGAUGAGAUGCCAGAACUGCUGACCGUAGGAGCAGUGACAUACGCUGCUGAUAAUCGAGUGACAGUUGCCAGAAGGUACCCUGGCAACUGGAGACUGCUCAUCAGGGAGGUGAAACCUGAUGACGAAGGAGUAUACGAGUGCCAGAUAUCUACUCAUCCGCCUAGAGUUAGCAGGACUUAUUUGCAUAUUAAUACACCACAAGUGUGGGUAGUAGACGAGGCUGGUGCCCCACUACUGGAAAAGUACUACGAGGCUGAAUCGACCCUGGCGUUGCUGUGCAGAGCUAGACACGUGGAGACUCCUGCCUUGCUGACGUGGCUGCAUGAGGGCAGAGCUCUGAACGCUGAUACCACUCGAGGAGGAAUCAGUGUCAAGACAGAACAAGUGCCUGGCGGUGCUGACAGCCAGCUUCGGCUCGCUCGUGUGAACAGCAGUGAUGCUGGAAACUACACGUGCGCCGUCCGAGGCGCUCGCUCCCACACCGUGUCUGUACAUGUUCUUAAUGAAAGUCUAGCAGAACUGCACGCCGGAUCGGAAUCGCUGCAUCCACCAACAGUUACAACUGUUAUUUUACUCCUCACAAUACUUUAUCUAGCAGAAGAAACAGUGUUACUUAUACCUGUGAUUCUCUUCGCAACCCUAGUUCAUAUGAUACAGGCCCAAGGCCAAACGAACGAACUUUAUAUAUUGUUACCGACGUGAUAAAAGACGUUUUUAUUAUGUAAAUACACGUUUGAUUAUGAAAAUAAAUUA